AGCGACAAUGAUGAUGACGCGAUUUUUUGUUGUUUUUUCAAUGGAUGGGUGUAAAAUGAAUCUUAGACACGUCCAGUGCUCCUCAAAGUAUUUGUAAACAAUAAUGAUAAAUGAUAUAUAAAGAAAGUAAAAGAAAAUCUAUCGAUAAACUAGUUAUUUAUGAUAUAUAAUGUGCAUGUGUAUGUGUAUGGUUAAAUUGUAGAAUUUUUACAUAAUCCUCGUACGAUGAUAAUACCUAGAGCGUAUGUGUGUAUGGCUGAGUGUGUGCGUGUGUAUGUGCGUGUGUGUGAGUUGAACGGGAACCAAUUAAAGCGAAACACUUUAAAAAUUAAUCAAUCAAUUAGAAGAACGCCUAAGCAAAAUACAACAAAACAAACAAACAAAGAAGAAAUACUAGAAAAUUCUAUUAAAAGCAAAACCGAAACAAUAAUGAUAAUAAUAAUAUUAAUAAUUGUAUGUACUAUCGAAAAUAUUUAAAGCCGAGCACAACUUUAUCCCCUCAAUCCUUCCUUUGCCCCACUCCUCCGCCUCUUACCCUCACCCCCUCACACACACACACUCUCGCAUUCCACACUCACAACCAUUUUUGAUAUUGCUAAAACAAAAAAACAAGAAGAAAAUAUUAUAACAAUUAUUUAAGCGAUUAUCCCACCACGUGAUUUUUAUGAAAUCUAUAAUUUCAAUUGUGUAGAACAAAGAGAAUUGUUUUUGUUUUUUGGGAAACAGCAAAGAAAUUAAUGUUUUUGUUGUUAUUAGCGAUCAAACACUCGUAUCUUAACACAAAAUUGAACUCUUUAAACAAAAACACAAAGAACAAACAUUCUAAAAUGUCGUAAGAUUAAUAAACAAACAAAAAUCUCGUUCCAAGUUGCAGUUUUGCAGCCAUUUUGUUUGUGCCCAGAAAAAUAUGCUAUGGCUGAGAAGUUGAUGUGAAACUGGAACUUGGAAUUGGGCUCAGAUAGAAGAUAUGGGAAUACUCUAUGUUGUAAAUCACGUAGCUACACUAAGUAAAAGUUUAACAAUUUCCAUAAACUAUAAAACAAAAAACACAACAACAACAAAUACAAAGCAAAGGCAAACAAGAAAUAUGAUAUAUAUAUACAUAAUUAUACAUAUAUAUGUGUGUAUGUAAAAACAAACAACAAAUUUAAACUUUAGUAGCGCUUAACAAAUUCUAGCAAUUUAACAAAUUUUAAUUAAUCAAAAUAUGAAAUAUAUAUAUUAAAAACAAAUUCAAAACAAAAACGAAAAAAAACAAAACAAAUGCAACAAACUGCAAUUUCAUUUUUCUCUGUGUAAAAGUUGAGUAAACAAAACAAAAAAAAAUAAAUUUUUUAAAUGUGAACUUGGCGUUUUUUCUUUCGAUUGCUGGCAGAAGCUUGCAGCGGUGGGGUUUGUGUCUUGGCAAAAGCUUUCAGCGUGCGCACACACCAACAAAAGCGCCACACAGCGUCAGCCAAUGGCAACUCAGCUUGUAUGCGCGUUCUCACUCUUUCGCUUAGCGAUCCUAGCGUAGCUGACUUUAAGCCAAUGGGCAGUCAGCAAAGCUGCGCUCGGCUUAAAGUUCGGCUUGACGUAGGCAACGGCAGCCCAAGCUGUGUUAUUCGUUCAACGUAGCUUGACGCGAACGGACGUGUUAUUGCUGUGCGCUGUCGCUGUUUGGACUUUUGUCGUUCGCGUUCGGUUUUUGUGCAGUGCGUUUUCUAACACUGCGCUUGCAGAUAAUGCUAGUUCUAUGAUUGGUACGUAAAAUCAGGCUGCAUAACGCGCUCUCUUUCUCCCACCCUGUGUGAGUGUAUGUGAUGUGCAUAUCAGAUAAGGCAAACUGCUUGCCCUUCAAAUUGUCAUCGUUAUCGGUAUAGAUAUCUGCUCUUUUGUUACCAACUCCUUGCGGCAUUUCGCAAAGGAAUUUCCCCCUGUGCCAAGCCUAAUGAGUAUGUGUGUGUGUGUGUGUGUGUGUGUGUGACAGUUAAAGUAAUUCAUAUGAAUAACAAUAAAUGACUAAAAAUACUCGCAUGCAGAUCUUCGAUAUCUUCAGCUCACACAACUACGAGAAGUUGGCAACUCUGGGUGCGCCUCGGCAGUUGAAACUCCGACAGCACGUGCCCUGUAACUGAAGACAGUCUACAGGGAAUCGAAGAGAGAGAGAGAGAGAGAGAGAGAAUUUUGUCGAGGAAAUGGAUCAGAGUCAAGAGGCAGCGGAUGUGGAUAUCAGUGCCAGCAGCGAGGCGGGAGAAUCUUCCGCUCAGCCCACACAGAUCACAUCCAUCGAUGGAUUCUUCAAUCGGAAGCGUGGAAGACCGCCUAAGAAUCGCUUCGUAGAAGUCUACAAAAGUGCUCAACACUCACCCCAAGCCAUAUUUACCAGCUUUAAGCUGGAGAAAAAUGAUCAGACUAAUGUUUCCGGUUUGUCAACGUCCACGGAUAAUGCCGAGCAUCCUCUCACCACACUCAGACUGGGAGCAGUCGCCAAUCAAACGGUCACACACACCCACCCACUGAUCGCAACAGAUCUCACACCUAGUCGGACCAGGAAAAGAGGUCGUGUUUGGACCGUGGAAUCGCAAAGAGACUUACCAAACAAUGAGAAGUCGAAACACUCCACAAAAAUGGAAUCAAAUGAGAGACGAUCACCCGCUCAAUCUAUGUUCACUACACCUGAUCUAGAGAGUCCUUUAAGCAGCAGCAAAUGCUUGGAGAAAAUUUCAGUUGUGCGUGCAGCGGGCACUUUCUAUCCAGAGAAUGCCAGCACAAUGGAAACUCUAGAGAGCACAAGGAGUCGUUAUAGUCCACCAACGAAUCGGGAUAAUGGCAACCUGGAGCAACCAGAAGAUUUGAGCAUGCGUGGCAGCCAAGCCAAGGAAUCCAGUUCAGUACACGGUGAGCAGGAGACGCAAGGAUUGAAGCUGCUGCUCGAUCUGUAUCAACGUCAAUGGCUAUUGCCCAGUUUCUUGGUGGCCGCAAGUCAACCGGCGCCUCUGGACAUGCGUUUGCUACUGGAGAAUGCGGUACAGCAGAAGAUGAUGUUGCUCAAUGCGGCUGCAGCAGGCGCUGUGGCAGCUGCCGCCGCAGCGGUAACAGCUUCUACCCCAGUCGAGGAGCCAUCACCAGGUGUGGAAGCUAUCACUGCGACUCCCAUUGCAGUUGCAACCCAAAUGACUGGACGCAAUAAGCGAGCGAGGGAACAAGAUAUUCCCACGGGAUAUCUGAAGUUUCGCUUCAACGAAGAUUGCAACUUUGAGCGUUGUGGCUAUCGGAAUCAUCAGUCGCACUUCCAUUGCAAUCGACGUGACUGUCACUACAGCUUCUGCGACAAAACCCGCUUCGUGCAACACACGGCGCGUCAUGAACGCAUGGACACCUUGAUGGGCGAUGACUUUCAACAGUUUCGCGCCAACAUGCGCUGUGGUGUCAGCGAUUGUUGUUACGCCUCCCACACGACGACUACGUCCUCAAUGACGCCUCUCAACUCCCGCCCAGAUGACAUGCUGGCUGCUCCAAAGAAAUCAUCGCAUUUCCAUUGCCGCAAAUGCGAUUACGUCUGUACCGAUUCCAAUAAGGUGGUCGCCCAUCGUCGGCUGCACAUGCGGCUGGAGUAUGUGCGUUCGGCGGGCUUUCGUAAGAUCGCCAGCAACGAAUCCUGCGCCACGCCAUCAUGCUCUUAUGCUUUGCGCCACACACAUUAUCAUUGCACCACUUGUGAUUGCAGCGUGUUGUCCCGUGCUCAGCUCGCUUCGCAUAGGCACAGGAUCAGUCCAAGCACCAAGCAGAUUGCGGAGAGUUUGCCUGCUAUCAAUGUGGAACACGAUUUGCGAGCAUAUCCUUAAUUUUAGUUUGUUAAUGUAAUAAAAAGCCAUAUCAACACUUAACCGUUUGCGAUAAAUAACUGCGGGUUUAUGGGCAGGGUUGCAAUUUGCAAAGUGCAAUCGGUGCAUUUUGCGAUUGUUUGUGGAAUUUGGGGCAGCAGGUCACACUUGGUAAUCGACAAGUGUUGAAAUCGAUUUUCGAUAAAUCGCCUUAAAGCUUGUAAAUUGCAAGUUAAAUGUUAAAUAUAUCAUAUAUACCACAAAUUUGAGCUAAAAUGAGUAAAUUAUAAUUAGCUGAAAU